UUGUUUUCUCAAGGUCAACAAUGAGCUGGUUGUCAGGAAUUUCAUUUGAUGUGAAUCAAUUAUCUUUUAUUGUGCACUUUUAAUUAGAAAAAUGGUUUACAAUCUCCAACCUUUCAUCACCAUUCUUAAAGGAAUCAUUGAUCCUCAACAAACACGAUGGAUUGUUGAUGAAAACAACCCACAGCUCCAAUCCCUCCUCAACAAAGCUACUUCUCUGCAGCAGCUCAUUGGUAAAUCUUCACUCACGAAAAUAAACAGUUUAGACAACCAAAUCAGAGAAGUAGCACAUCAAGCAGAAGACAUCAUUGAGUCCCACACAUGGUUGAUCAAAUGCUCUCCCGAUCUGAUUGCGCGAGAUUCACUCUUUCCACACCUGAUCUACAGCAACUGACACGAGCUCUUGAUUCUGUUUUGGAGAAGGAUAAAAAGAUGCCGCUAGAACUUGAUUCUGCCGCGGAGGUAGAAGAUAAGAAGAUGCUGUCUUGCCGCUGCUUCGCGCCUACCUUCUCUCUCAAUUUCGAAUUCCAAAUUUCAAUCCCCAAGCCACACUCUCUCAAUUCGGAGCCCUAGACCCGCCAAUCUCCUCUCUCCUUCUCCCUUCGCCGACCAGACCGCCCUAUUCCAAGAUUGUGUUAGCAUGUUGAGACUAGCUUUCCGCAAGUUAUGUGCUCGUGUGGAUGGAGGAUGUGAAAUCCGGUCAUUAUCACAGUUGCGCAGUUUUCACUCUGCUCAGCCGUCUUUGGCGUCAAGAAGCUUUUUUGGUGUUGAAGAUUUUCUAGAUGACGAUAAUAGCAGGCCAUACACUUAUCAAAAAGAAAAGAAGUCGAGAAAUCCAAACAAGCACGUAUCCUUCAAACAGCGUACUGUUGCUUACAUGGAACCGUUUACCCUGGACGUGUUCAUCUCAAAGCGGUUCGUCUCUGCUUCAAUCACCCACAGAGUGACAUGCAAGCAGGUUACCGUUGCUGGUACAAACUCGAAAGAUAUCAAGGCUGCACUGAGAUCACGAUCCGACAUACCUGCUUUUUGGCAAUAGGUCAGAUUUUGGCCGAUAGGGCGAGAGAAGCUGACGUGUAUACAGCUUCUUAUACCCCCACGGAAAGGGAUAAGUUUGAAGGGAAAAUAAGGGCAGUUGUUCAGUCCCUUAUUGACAAUGGCAUUGAUGUCAAAAUCUAUCUUGAUUGAUCACUUUUUCAA